GUUGGUGUUCGGCGUGUGUGACGUUUCGUGGGAUUGCGUAAUCUGUUAAAAAAGAGCGAGCGAGACAAAAGGAAAGCGACAAUUCAUAAGACAGGCGAAUUCGGCUGUGCCUAGCGCUGCUACGUGGACAGCCAAUAACACUGCCCGCCGCGGAUCAAGAGAUAUGCCGCAGAGUGGAUACAAGCAUUGCUAGCGCUGUGAACGAUGCGACUGGAUUUUCCGCUGACGGAUCGAUAACGUGUAACGAGCAGCAGCCUGACACGGGAAAAAUGUCGGCGAUGAAGACCACCGGUUCACCGGGGACUCCUCGCAUUCUCCCCGUGUUGAGCCACUUCAAAUACGAGCAUUUCGUUGCCGGCAUAUCCGGCGGCGUGGUUUCGACGCUGAUGCUGCACCCGCUGGACCUGAUCAAGACCAGAUUCGCAGUUAGCGAUGGUCAUUCACGCACGGGGCCGCAAUACAAGAGCCUUAAGAGUGCUGUCAUGCAGAUUGUUAAGACUGAAGGGGUGAGAGGACUUUACAGAGGAGUUACACCGAAUGUUUUAGGAUCUGGCGGUGCGUGGGGUUGCUACUUCUUUUUUUACAACACCAUUAAAACAUGGAUCCAAGGAGGAAACAGCAGGAAGCCUUUGGGACCGUCGAUGCACAUGUUUGCAGCAGCAGACGCUGGAAUUCUUACUUUAGUAAUGACGAACCCGCUUUGGGUAGUAAAGACACGUUUGUGCUUGCAGUAUAUGGAUGACAAACAUCUUCCUGAAACACUUAGAUAUAACGGCAUGCUGGAUGCAAUUAGAAAGAUUUAUAGAACCGAAGGAUUCAGAGGCUUGUAUCGAGGUUUUGUUCCUGGAAUGUUCGGCGUCUCUCACGGUGCUAUUCAAUUUAUGGUGUACGAAGAGAUGAAGAAUUGGUAUAACGAAUACUUGAAUUCACCGAUUGAUACUAAAUUGAGUACAUUGGAAUAUAUCUUCUUUGCGGCGGUUUCAAAAUUAAUCGCGGCCGCCUCAACUUAUCCUUAUCAAGUUGUUAGAGCACGACUUCAAGAUCAUCACCAUAACUACAAGGGCAGCGUACAUUGCAUUGAAUCGAUAUGGAGGUUUGAGGGUUGGCGUGGCUUUUACAAGGGUCUGAGCGCGAACCUGACCAGGGUAAUUCCGGCGACUGUGAUCACGUUCGUGGUGUACGAAAACAUGUCUCACUAUCUUCGAGAUAGAAAGAUGAAGAACGAAGACCUAACUUUGCCCAUUCUGAUGAAGGAAGUCGAAGAAACUUGAAGUGUAUGUAAUUAACGAGACGCACUUCUGGAAGUCCUGUACUACAUUUAAAAGAGAAAGAUCGACGUCGACGUCGAAAAAUUGAUCGUGUAACAUUGCAUCUAAAUUACACAG